AUGACUCUCCGCUCGCUUGCCCGUCCGAUGGGGCGCGGGGCUCGUUCCCUCCUCUCCGCUCGGGUCGCCCCUAGUGUGUCUGCACGCUUCUCUCUCGACCGUGCAGCCCCCGCUACCGUCCGUAUCGGAGGUCGCAGUUAUGCGACGCAGGCUGAUCCUCCCCCGUCGUCGCCGGCGGGCACACCGAUGAUGAUCGGCGCGCAGCUGCGGACGCAGAUUGAGAGCGAGCUCAACAACAUGCGCGAGCGCGUGCUCAAGUCCAAGCCGGGCGUGUGGCUGCGCCCCCUGACGCAGGAGGAGACGGAGCUCGUCAACAUGGGCCAGGUGCCCGGGUUCGAGAAUGCAGAGGUCAUGGCCCUCCUCGACUUGCAGCUGCGCGAGGCGCCGUUCUUCAAGGACAGGCAGCGCGCCGGUCCCGAUGGGAUGGGCAUCCACGUCCCCCUCCUCGCGCACCUUGGGUCUACUGAGCCCGAAGUGCCGUGCUACCCCUUCAAACUCCUGUUCGGACAGCAGGCGCCGCGCGCAAUCACUGCUGUCCGCGACGUGAUCGCUGCGCAGAGGAAGAGGGUGACUGAGGCUGCAGAGCACAGCACGAAGGAGGUUACGGAGCAGACGGAGAAGUUUAGGCAUCUCGAUGACGCUCCCCUCGUCGCCGUCCUGGUGCCCAAUGGCGGAGAGAACAGGGACAUGGGCAUGCCCCUCGCCAUCUCUCUCUUCCGCCUCGCCAUGCAUGAGGGUAACGGACACGAGGAGGGCUUCCAGACCGGUGGCGACGGCACCAAGUCCGACUAA